AUGACUGAUCCCGUGAUCAUCGAUCGCUAUACUGCUGCAAGAGUUUACUUCAGCAGCGUUGUUGGCUUAAUAUUCUUGGAAGCGCUCAUUCCUUUCAGUAUCUACGGCUUCCAAAGAUACAACAAGUAUCGACAACAAGAUCGAAAUGUGUUGCACUGGAGUGUCACUGUCUUGCUUCACAAACUACACAGCUUCCCGCUUCCUCUCCCCUACUUAGACUGGCACAUCACCGAUUCUGCUCGCUUUACAGCUUUUCUCUCGCUCAAUCUGGUCUUCAGUAUACAGUCAAACGAGUACACGGCCGAUUACACUCUCUACGGCUGGCUAGCGAUUGCCAAUGCUGGUCUCGCACUUCUAAUGGCAUCCCGAAACAAUCUACUCGCGACCCUCUUGCGUAUUCCCAGCCCAGUCCUCCUCCAGUACCAUCGCUGGAUCGGCCUUGCAACAGUUGCCCAUACAACAGCCCAUAUAUCGUUCAAUAUCCAGCAUUACAUUGAGACAAAACAAGUCACCACCAGCUUUGGAAACCAUCGGAUCCAGGUUGGCUUGAUGGCCUGGAUCGCGUUAGCCUUACUCUUUCUCACGUCCCUACCGAUUGUGCGACGCCGCUUCUUCGAGAUCUUCUACUACACACACGCUCUGUUCUUUGUUUUCGUCGUCGGGGCUCUGAUUCAUGCCUCGCAUGGACCAGAAUUCAUGCUUCCAGGGCUUUUGCUCUGGGCCAUAGAUCGAGCGAUCCGAUUUGCGUACAACUUUCGCACCAUCCAAGUGCAGAGUGUCGAGGCAUUCGAAGGCAACGUAACAAAGUUCAAGGUGAAGGGUCUGAGGACUCGUAGUCCCGGACAGGUUGUCUGGCUUCAAAUCCCAAAGGUGUCCUUUUUGAACUGGCAUCCAUUCACUGUCGCCAGUGCACCGAAUGAUCCUGAGAAGACUGCGACAAUCGCCAUUCGAGGCCUUGGGGGGUUCACUAAGGGCGUACAGUAUGCCGACUGUAGCGGCGAUGUGAAUCUGCACGGAUGCACCUCUUUGGAUUCGAACAGCAUGAUGGCUCACCCGCUCAAGAUGCGUCUUGAUGGCCCAUACGGUGUUGGGUCAGUGUCCUGGGAUUUGUUUCCGGUGACUGUCCUCGUCGCCGGUGGCAUUGGAAUUACCCCAGGUAUCAGUAUUGCGUCACAUAUCAUAAGACAAAGGGGCUUCGAUGUAGACAGUCAUUCCGCGUCUCAUAUUCACCUUCUUUGGGUCGUCAGAGAUGCUCAGCACAUCCAGUGGUUCGCAGAUGAACUGACUGAACUUGUCAAUGCAUGUGCAAAGCCAGAUUCGACAACAACUCUUGAAGUCUCGGUAUUUGUAACUGGUGGAAGGGAACUUGAAGGUCACGUGAGCGGCCCGUCUCAUGAAAUGCAGGUCAUGAGCUCUCCGCAACCUUGGACUAUUCAUUUGGGGCGACCAGAUCUAAAGCAGUGGUUCAGGCAGCUCAAGUCUAACAAUCUUGGCAUGGAUGCCGCUGUGAACUUAUGUGGGCCAAGGCAACUUAUUGAGCAAGGUAGAGCGGCUGCAUGUGAUGUGUCUGAUAGAGAAGGACUUUUCUUUGUACAGGAGGAGGUGUUUGAGCUAUAG